GUCACAUCCUGAGGAGAGCUUUGCCUCCUACUUUUUUUUUUGUUGGGACCUGGGAGAGAAAUUAUCCCGCAGUAGAAAAUCAGAAGGAAUAGAGGGACAAUUUAACAAACCAUGGAAGUGUACGACGUUGCCGUUUAGUCGUCUGCAAUGCAAGCGGACGUGCUUUCGCGGUGAAUUCCCCAUACGAGGAGGUUUCUGUGUGGUAGUUUGACCCUCCCUCUCCCCCCCCAUCAUGCUGAGUUUCCUGCGCAGGACGCUGGGGCGACGCUCCAUCCGGAAACAUGCAGAGAAAGCCCGGUUACGGGAGGCCCAGCGUGCCACGACGCACAUCCCUGCUGCUGGGGAUGCAAAGUCUAUCAUCACCUGCCGUGUAUCCUUGUUGGACGGGACGGACGUCAGUGUUGACCUGCCGAAAAAAGCCAAAGGUGAGGAGCUGUUUGACCAGAUCAUGUACCAUCUGGACAUUGUAGAGAAAGACUACUUUGGACUGCGCUUCAUGGACUCGGCACAAGUGCCGCAUUGGAUCGACGUUACAAAAAGUAUCAAAAAGCAAGUGAAAAUUGGCCCACCAUACUGCCUUCACAUGAGAGUUAAGUUCUACUCCUCAGAACCGAACAACCUACACGAGGAGCUCACCAGAUACCUAUUUGUGUUACAGUUAAAGCAAGACAUCCUCAGUGGAAAGCUAGAAUGUCCAUUUGAAACAGCGGUGGAGUUGGCUGCCUUCUCACUACAAGCUGAGCUAGGUGAUUGUGACCCAUUAGAACAUAGUCUGGACCUGGUGUCAGAAUUUCGCUUCAUCCCCAACCAGACAGAGGAUGUGGAGCUGGCUAUAUACAACGCAUGGAAAGAGUGCAGGGGUCAGACACCUGCGCAAGCUGAGAUCAACUACCUGAAUAAAGCAAAAUGGCUAGAAAUGUAUGGAGUGGACAUGCAUAUGGUCAAGGCACGAGAUGGAAAUGAGUACAGUCUGGGUUUGACACCCACUGGAGUUCUGGUGUUUGAAGGAGAAACCAAGAUCGGGCUCUUCUUCUGGCCCAAGAUCACUCGUCUGGACUUCAAGAAGAGCAAACUGACUCUUGUGGUAGUGGAGGAUGAUGAACAGGGCAAAGAACAGGAGCACACCUUCGUCUUCAGGAUGGACCACCCCAAGGCCUGUAAGCACCUCUGGAAGUGUGCGGUGGAACAUCAUGCUUUCUUUAGGCUGAGAGGGCCGGUACAAAAGAACUCUGCACGCUCUGGUUUCAUACGCAUGGGAUCACGCUUCAGAUACAGUGGAAAUACAGAGUAUCAGACAACCAAGGCCAAUAAAGCACGGCGGUCAGCCUCCUUUGAGAGAAGACCCAGUCGACGUUACUCCAGAAGAACCAUGCAUAACAGAGGACCAUUCAACCCCCAGGAGGUUCUUUCCUCAGGCAACGGAGUCAGCUCCAGCAAAGACAACAAGGUUUCUCCCAGUAGAGGUGCCUGGUCAGGCGUGCCUGUGGUCAACCCGGUACCUGCUGUUGCCUGUGGAACGAUGGAAAUAGAGGCUCUACCCAGGAGUCCCGGAGGAGAAAAGAGGAGUUUGCCCAUGGUUGCUGACCUGAUGGAGACGUGCAUCGAUGAUGUCCUCAGGGCUCAGGUUGUUCCCGCGGUGACCGCUACAGAGGAGCCGGGACCAAGUAACGCCUAUUCUACUGCCAGUGCCACCGGGGAAGAGUCGCUCAGCCUCACUGAAACAGCAGCUCGUCUGAAGCAGUUAGAGUUGGAGAGCAGUCCGCUUCCUGCUACUCAAAGAAAUAACGUCAAUAUCAAUAUGGCUAUGAAUAAUCAGGAGGAUAUAGUGAAGCUCACAGAGAAAUGUGGUCUGACCAGUACAGGCGGUAGUCCAGUUGUCACUCCACUGCGCACCCCAGAGGAUCUGAAGAGCAACAUCCUGAAAGCACAAGCGGAGGCUGCAGCCCUCAAGGGAUCUUUGGAGGAACAUGUUGCAAUGAUUGGAGAUAAAAACUGUAAUUUGCAGGAGGCUUCCACCAGGUUGAAGGUGCGUACCGGCCGAAUGGGCAGCAACUCAUCUUUGACUGUCAGCAGUCGCCCCGACAUCCAAGAAUCCUGGGACCUGCUCAAACCAGCCUCACUGGUGUCAUCAGCAGGGACCAGUGCCGAGAGGUUAGCUGAAGAUUCAAACCCCCUUCUUCCCAAGAUGCCCUCUGAGUGCACCAGCGAGGGCAUGGCACUAAAGGUUAAAGCAGAGGAGGUUGACCUUCCAAACACCGCCCCGCUGUCUGACAACCUGAUCGACUUCACUGAUCCAACUCCUGUGCUACCACCGGUGCAGCAGCCCAAACCUCUCAUCACCCCUCGCUGGAUCAUUCCUACAUCUGCUCCUCCUGGCGUUUUUACUAACGGCCUGCUCGACCUUGACCCCCCUGCUAAGGUCACCCCUCUUCUCCCUGCAGAUGGGGGAGCAGCUCUCACCCCAGCCCUCCCCCACCACCCCGCUCACACACGUAACACCAUCUCCGCCAGCACUGUGGGUCAGCAGCCGGCCUCAGAAGAUGGAGCCAAACCCAGAGGUCUCCUGACCACUGAGCUCUGAUGGAGGAAACGAGGAGAGCAGCCAUCACAACAUUAGUCUCCCUGACAGCUUCUCCCGCCUUCACCCAUUCACACACAACUUAAGCUGAACACUGUGGGCUAAAAGAAGAAGGUGGAACCAGGGAAGAGGCAGCUUACAAGCACCACAACCACACACUCUUAAUUGCACCCACACUGACAAACUGGAAUAUGAGUAUAGUUUUUCAUGAUAACAUGGCACUGUUAAAAAAAAGCUCCAGUAUUGACCUCUUUAGAGCACCUAAUUGACCUGCCGCUUACUGAAUCCAUCCAGUCUACCAAACCUCGGUCUCUACUACCAGCACCAUCUCUUUUGAAGCUGUUUAUCCAACUCGUUUGCUGCAGAGGUCAAGUCGGGGCUCACACACUAAAAAUGUAUGAUCUUAUGAUGCUGUAAGGUACAGUGCAUCCACCAGCAGUUUAUGACUUAAAUGGUAGAUUGUCUCUCUCUUAGUGCUGCUUUCUUCCCCCUUUUUCGGGGUUGUAAGUUUUAUCACUAGUAAUGCAUACCACUGGAUAUCUGCUACUCUGAGCUUUUUUUUUUUUUUGUACACUCACAGAUCACACAGCAUGUAGAGCUGCUGAAUCAUGGACUGGAAAGAGUCUAUAAAAAAAAAAAAGAGAGACCUAAAAAGACAGUGACUUUUUUAAAGUGUUGGUUCUAAGAGAUAAAAACAUCUGGACUCUUAUAUAACAUGGAUAUGAUACUCUACUGUCCUUGUAGCACACUACAAAUAUUUUUUAAACCCCAGUCGGUACUACAUGUGAAACUCGUCUGUUUGCAGCCACUGGAUAUGAAAACUUUUUUUUUUUUCCCUCGUCUCCCAAGAAUCACUGGAUUAUCUUUGCAACACUGGACCUUUUUUAAUAAGGAAUUAUUUCCAACGGAUGACGAUAGAAAUGACCAACUGAUUUUAUUAUCCCGCUUUUACUGUUUUGUCUUUUUUUUUUUUUUUUAAUGUUUUUAUUUUUCCCAUCGCAGUACUUUGUGAAUUCACACGUUUUGGUACCAGCAUCAUGAAUUAAUUCUGUUACUGUCUUUAGACCAUCUACUGUAUGUUCAAUAUGAAGUUUGAACUUUUUUUGCCUAGACUGUGAUCCUACACUAUGAAUCCACUUGAAACCACUGCUUCCAUGUGUGGCAGCUUUCAUCCACGUUAAUGUUAACUUUGAAAUUACUGUAGGAAUGUAAAUUGCACAAGUGAAAGCUGGUCGUUUUUUUUUUUUUUUUUUUUUUUUUUUUUUUUCUUUCAAUUGUUGAAAAACCAUCAAGUUAACUGUGAUCACUGGAGUGUACACACUGGUGGGUGUGUGCAGGUUUUGGGGGUUCAUCUAACUGGAUAUCUGAAUUAAUUUUACACUGUAAUUUCACCCUGUUGUAGAAAACGGCUCCUAGUAGUAACAUGCUGUAGCUACUACCCUGCCUUAUGGAAAUGAAUGUAUUCAAAUAGUCUCACCUGAGAUUGCUGGAGAUGCCACAGUACGUCGUUUUUACAACCGUCGAUGUUAAAUCCACAAUUGCUGAUAUAGUUUGUAACUGGAGGAAAACUUAAAAGCUUCUUUUGUACUUGAGAAAUUGAGGCCUAAUUCUACAUUUUCUGAGUAUAGUAAUAAAGUAUACUGUAUCGCAUUGACUCUUAAAAGGUAGAGAUGUAGAUCUCAUGAAUUUUAAACAAAUAAGAAAUCCUGUGAUCACUAAAUCUGGACCCUCAUUCAAGUUAUAUCUGUUUUUUUCAUUAUGAUGUCUCUUUCAUCUGUCUUGAACAAGGGAAGCUGACUGUUUUACGUCUUCUUAGCAGUGACAGUUAGUUAUGCUACCACUCAGUGUAAUUUGCUCAGAUAUUACAUGUUGUCUAAAGCGUGUUUUUAGCUUACAGUUAUAAUGUAUUGUCAGUAUGAUCGUGUCAGCUGGCUGUAGAUAUGAAGUAGAUUUAUAAAAAAUUUUUUUUUUUUUUUUUGAAAAUGAUGUUGGCAGUAUUGUUACUACACACAUAAUUUCAGCAUUGAGGUGUUUUCUAAUUACAAAAGAAGUAGUAUUACUGAUCAAACUGAUGGGGAAAACGUUGAGAUUGCGAGGUCUCAAAUGCAAUUUUGUACAAUUUUUUUUUUUUUUCCUGGAAUACCUGAUCAUGAUUCAGUAAAGCUUUGCUAGGAGUCAAUUGUUUUUCAUUUGUUUUUACUGUUUGGAUAAUGUUGAAAUAAUUUGCCUGGAAAGAAGGUUAUUACUGAUUACAGUUGGAAUUAUGCAAGACCAGACAAUUUGAUUUGCUACUGUGGACCAGAUGUGAUUUUUUUUUUUUUUUUUUUUUUCAUUGUUAAUCCAGCUAUGAAAGGUAAAACACCAGAUUCUGUGUUCCUGUUUUAAAUCUGUUCGCUCUGUGAUAAGUAAAGCUCUUGUGUCUGUAUCA